AUGGCGGCGGCGGCGGCGGCAGACGCUCGGCCGGGCGCCGCCAUCCCAGUGGAACUGCGGCGCGAGAGGCGCAUGGUGUGUGUGGAGUACCCGGGCGUGGUGCGCGACGUGUCCAAGAUGCUGCGGACCCUGGGCGGCGAGGAAGGCGUCUCCCGGAUCUACGCAGAUGCCACCAAGAGGCUGGAGCUUUACUUCCGGCCGAAGGACCCCUACUGCCACCCCGUGUGUGCCAACCGCUUCAGCACCAACAGCCUGCUGCUCCGGAUCAAGCGGAAGACCAGGCGACAGAGCGGGGCGCUGGGGCCUGAGGCUCGCCCCCGGGUCACGUACGACAUAGAGAGCCUUGGAGUCAUCUCCACUGUCUUCAAAUUUCAAGGAAUGUCCGACUUCCAGUACCUGGCGGUGCACACGGAGGCGGACGGCAGGCAGAUGUCCAUGUACGACAAGGUGCUCAUGCUCAAGCCCCAGAAGGAGAGCUUCUUCCACCAGGACCUGCCGCUCUACAUCCCCCCGCCCAUCUUCUCCAGGCUGGACACGCCGGUGGACUACUACUACCGUCCAGAGACGCAGCACCGGGAAGGCUACAACAAUCCCGCCGUCUCGGGCGAGAACCUGAUUGGCCUGAGCAGGGCCCGGCGCCCCCACAAUGCCAUCUUUGUCAACUUUGAGGGGGACGAGGUGCCCGAGCGGCCGAUGGAGGCCGCGGUCCAGACGUGGAAGAAGGUCUGCACCAAUCCCGUGGACCACAGAGUGGAGGAGGAGCUGAGGAAGCUGUUUGACAUCCGUCCCAUCUGGUCACGCAACGCCCUCAAGGCCAACAUCAGCGUCCACCCUGACAAGCUCAAGAUCUUGUUGCCCUUCGUGGCCUAUUACAUGAUAACAGGCCCCUGGAGGAGCCUGUGGAUUCGAUUUGGAUUUGACCCCCGAAAACGCCCAGAGGCCAAGAUUUAUCAAGUGCUUGACUUCCGAAUCCGAUGUGGAAUGAAAUACGGUUACGCCCCCAGCGACAUGCCCGUCAAGGCCAAGCGCAGCACCUACAACUACAGCCUCCCCAUCACCGUCAAAAAGACCACCAGCCAGCUCGUCACCAUGCAUGACCUGAAGCAAGGCCUGGGCCCCUCAGGGUCGGCCAGUGCACAGAAGUCGAGUCCCAACAAGUACAAGCUCAAGGACUCGGUCUACAUCUUCCAGGAGGGGGCCUUGCCGCCGUACCGACAGAUGUUCUACCAGUUCUGUGACCUGAACGUGGAGGAGCUGCAGAGAAUCAUUCACCGCAACGACGGGGCGGAGAGCUCGUGCACUGAGCGCGAUGGCUGGUGCCUCCCCAAGACCACGGACGAGCUGAGGGAUACCAUGUCCCUCAUGAUCCGGCAGACCAUCCGCUCCAAGAGGCCUGCCCUCUUCUCCAGCCCGACCAAAGCGGACAGUGGGAAGGAGCAGCUGACCGGCGAGUCCGGGGAAGACGAGGAAGAGGACGAGGAGGAGGAGGAGGAGGAGUUCAAGCCGUCCGACGGGAGCGAGAACGAGAUGGAGACGGAGAUCCUGGACUACGUGUGA